UUGGUCGGAACAACCCAGCUGAUCCCGACGUCCCAGCGCGGGGCCUGGCGAGGAAGGACUUCGGCCACGGUUGCCAGAUGGCGUUCUGGGCCAGGAUCUCGAGGCUCCUCCUGCCAGGAACCGCGUCCAGGAGGAGCAGAAAGACUGUGCCCCCCCGGCGGUCCAGGGUGAGCGGCUGGUCGCAGCCCGUCCACUGCUUGCAGAUCGUGGCCUGGAUCGUGUUCCUCAUUCUGGUCUUCACCACUUUUGGCAUCUUCAUUCCCCUCCUGCCACACGAGUGGAGAUACAUUGCCUACAGUGUGACCGGCGGGAUUUGCCUCUUCCACCUCUUGGUCCACCUGAUUGCUCUUUCCAUCGAUCCGGCCGACGCCAACGUCCGCCUCAAGAAGAACUACUCACGGACGGUGCCGACCUUCGACCGGUCCAAACACGCACAUGUCAUCCAGAGGCAGUAUUGUUACCUGUGCGAGGUCGCCGUGACUGUGAAAGCCAAGCAUUGUAGCACCUGCAACAAGUGUGUCUCAGGCUUCGACCAUCACUGCAAGUGGCUUAACAACUGCGUGGGGAGCAGGAAUUACUGGUACUUCUUCGCCUCCGUGGCCUCAGCUGUGGCCGGACUGCUGUGCAUGGUCGCCACGCUGCUGUACAUCUUCACCCAGUACUUCAUCAACCCCGCCGGGCUGCGCACCGACCCACACUACAGGAGUAUCUCCGACCAGAACACGUGGCUUCUGCUCCUUCCGCUUUUCCCCGUGAGGACGAGCACGCCGGUCUUCCUGGGCAUCGGGGCGCUGACGCUGCUGCUUGAGCUCGUCAGCCUGCUGCUGCUCAGUCACCUGCUCCUUUUACACCUCUACUUGAGGGCCAAGAAGUUGAGCACAUUUGAGUACAUAAUGCAAAACAACAAACUGCAGCGCUCGAAGCCCCCGGCAGUGAAGAGAGAUGUGACCCCACCAAGAAAAGGGUUGUUACAGCUGGAUAACUACCUGAGAUCACCUGCGCAGGGCAGCAAGAAGCCCAAGGAGUUCCUGCCAACUUCCACGCACCUGAGUCUGUGCUCCGCCACCGUAAAGCCAGAGGACACGUCGUCAUCAACGCAACCAGUUGCCAGCCUGAGUUCAUCUGUACAGAGCAUGAAGCUCACAGAACAGGACUCCACCAUCAACAUCCCAGGCGAGAGCUCCUCGGGGCUGCAGGAACUGGAUGCCAACCUGAGUUCAUCCACAGUGGGCAGAGUGAAGUGGAGGAAGUUCCUGCCACCACUGUCCAGGUGCCCAAGUGUGACCUCCCUCAGGACCAUCCGCCCAGAGAGCUCCCUGAAACUCGAGGAUGCAAAGGAUCGACGAGACGUAAGGCAGCAUACGGAGGGAGACGUGGCUGAAAACCAAGGCUCAGCUUCAGGAGCCCAGGGACCUGCGCCGACUGAGAGCCCCUUGCAGGGCUCCUUCCCUGCCAGUAGGCUGCCUGUGGAGUCGGCCCCGGAAACCCAUGCUCUCCUGUCCUCUCUGCGUGGCCAGAGAAAGGACACGUGGUCCCAGAAGCACUGGGACGCCUUCCCCAGCGGCCAGAAGCCCUGGAGCUCGGAGUCCACGGCCAUCAACAUCUCCGGGAGUUGCCAGGAGGCGCCCCACGUGUGGGCAAUGGCACCGCACACCCAGGUGCCCAAGGGCCUGCCCGUCAUCGAGGAGGAAGAGUAUGCGAUGAAGGUGACCCCUGUCGUCAGCGUGGAGGAGGGCUGCAGCCCCGAGGAGGCCACUGAGCCCGGCAGCUCCGCCAAGGUCACCAUGAUCAUAGUGUCUGAGGACCCGGAGCCCGAGGACCGGGCUGCUCAGCCUGAAUAGAGCAAGCGUGUCCCCCAGGGCCCCAGGACGCCCCUCCCUCCAGAGCUGCUCACACAGCCUGGCCUCGUUUCCAAUUCUAGGAGGAGACCUGGGCCCUGUGGUCCGCCGCCAGACCCCGCACCCUCCGUGAGAGUCGGGAGGGAAGAGGGAGCACAGGAGCCCCUCUGCUGCUGGCUGCGUGGGCAGGGCUUUGUGAUCUCUGCCCUUCACUCGCUCUAGAAGCCAUAUUCUGAAGACUCGCAUACUCUUCUAAGCACGUCUAAGUGUUACUCCAGGAAGGAAGAGGAUUCAGGAUGGCGCGGGUGCCGUGUUUUUACUCUGUUGACUAUUAAUGUUUUUAACUGUAUGAAUUUAAGUAGCUUUUAAGAAAAUUCUUCAGAAUUCCUUAGUAAGUUUUAUAAGAAAAAAUAAAAGUUAAUUUUA